AUGAUACCUGUCGGCGACUGCAGCCAUAAGCAAAUGCUCAGCAGCCUGUGGAUCUGGACGUUGGUAGUUGGCUAUGUGUUGGCUGUUUCAUUCAAGUGGAAUGCAAGCACUGAGCGCUACUUGAGAGCAGUUUCAAUUCCUGUCUGGAUUAUAUUGCUUUUUCAUUUAGCGUCUCUGGCUGGCUCAUGGAGAAUUCCAGUAUUCCUGGUUAUUGUUUUCCUGAUGUCUGUGGGCACCCUCUAUGAAAAACAGAAUGGAAAAGAGUCUUCUGGGGCAGAGUUGCCAGGGCAGGUUAUCUCCAUGGCUGCUUCUACUCUGGCAACCUUGGCCAUCUCUAUCACAGGGUAUGAAUCGAGCUCUGAAGACCAGCCCUCUACUCAGCCUGCAGAAACCAUGGACAGAGGCGAACCCCCUCCAACAUUGUCCUCAUCUUCGCCCACUUCCCCUUCGCCCACGCUGCGCAGGCAAAGGCCUGAGAUCGGAGCGUUCCCCAGAAAGAAGAAAACUAGCGAUUUCUACUUCGUGACCCUCGUCUGGGCCAUCAUUGCCGUCCAGCUCUGGUUGAACCUGUGGAUCGUGCAGCUGCUGCCAGUGCCCAUUGCAGUCUGGGUACUCAAAAAGCUGGUCAUUCACUUCGGAGUUGUGGACUUCCUGGAGAAGCGCUGCUCCGUGUGGUGGCGGGUCAUGGAGCGCUUCCUGAAGGACCGGCAGGAAGCGCUGGCGCCAUGGCCAAUUGUUGGACUUGGGAAAUUCUUGUUAAAAGUUGAUAGCAAGAUUAUCAUCUGGUUGGAGAAGAUGUUAGACAAAAUAAUUAGCAUUUUCAUCAUAUUUUUGUUAGUAAUAGGAACCCUUCUUUUAGCCCUACUCCUGACUGCAAAGGUACAUCAAGAAAGUGUGCACAUGAUUGAAGUCACAAGUAGUUUGAUUAAUGAAACUCUAGCAAAUCACCCUGAGUGGGCAAAUUGGCUUCCUGAGGCUCAGGUAGUCCAAAGAGCCCUCAAUUCUGCAGCUAACAAUGUGUAUCAGUAUGGACGAGAAUGGAUAACCCACAAGCUUCAUAAAAUUCUUGGAGAUAAGGUGAACAAUACUGCUGUGAUUGAAAAGCAGGUACUAGAACUUUGGGACAGACUGUAUCAUUCUUGGUUUGUAAAGAACGUCACGCACUCUGGGAGGCACAAAGGACACAAGAUGCAUAUAAACCGGCAGAACAGCUGGCUGGGAGACAUUCUGGACUGGCAGGAUAUCGCGUCCUUCGUCCACGAGAACAUCGAGACAUUUCUUUCUAUAUUAUCUUUUGGCUUUCCAAUAUGGAAGAUGAAGAUCUUGGAGUCUCUGUGGAUUGUUAUGAGCCGAAACGUGAGCCUGCUUUUCACCACUGUCACCACGCUCCUGACCAUCCUCUUCUACAGCGGCACGGCCCUUCUCAAUUUCGUGCUCUCUCUGAUCAUUUUCCUGACCACACUGUUUUAUCUGUUAAGUUCCAGUGAUGAGUACUACAAGCCCGUGAAGUGGGUGAUAAGCCUGACACCACUGUCUCAGCCAGGCCCUUCUUCUAAUAUUAUUGGCCAGUCUGUGGAAGAAGCUAUCAGAGGGGUGUUUGAUGCUUCCCUCAAAAUGGCUGGCUUCUAUGGAUUGUACACCUGGCUGACUCAUACUAUAUUUGGCAUCAAUAUUGUCUUCAUACCAUCAGCUUUAGCAGCAAUCCUUGGAGCAGUGCCAUUUCUGGGGACAUACUGGGCAGCAAUACCUGCAGUUCUAGACCUGUGGCUUACACAAGGCUUAGGAUGCAAAGCCGUCUUACUGCUGGUUUUUCAUCUCUUGCCAACAUACUUUGUAGAUACUGCCAUCUAUUCUGAUAUUUCAGGAGGUGGCCAUCCUUACUUGACAGGCCUGGCUGUGGCUGGCGGAGCAUACUACCUGGGCCUGGAAGGAGCAAUCAUCGGGCCCAUACUUCUCUGCAUACUGGUGGUCGCUUCCAACAUCUAUAGUGCCAUGCUAGUGAGUCCCACGAACUCAGUGCCCAUGGCAAACCAGACUCCGUGGCCUGCUCAGAGUCAGCGGACUUUCCGUGACAUUUCUGAAGAUCUGAAAUCUUCAGGAGACUGACAUGGCUUCUGCUUCAGUGAUUUCUCUAGGAAGUUCAACCUUGACUGUGAGUUCAGCCCAGCUGUGUCUCCGGUCCUUUCGGCUGCGCCUCGCACGCAGAGGCGGGGGCAGAAGCAGAGUCUCCUGGCCUUCCUACAGAAUGCGUGGACAAGAGCCAGCUUGCUGUGAGCUGCUUUGCAUUUGAAAGCACAGCGUUAGAGCUCCGAGAUGUGGUUUGCUCACCUAACUGUCGCUCAGAUGGCUUAGUUAAGAGUUUCAGUGUAUACACUGGUACCAUGGCUUGAAAUUUACCCCCUUGCUUAUCUGUAUUAUUAUAAUAUGUAUUUAUAAAGUUAUUUUUAAGAGCCCUAAACUACCUACUGUUAAAAGGACAUACAUGUAAUUUUUCUCCUGUUUUAAGAAAUCUGUUCAUAAACUUUUCUACAACAGUCACUUUUCAAUGAAAAGGGCUUUCACUUUUGAUUAGGUAGUUGCUUGAGCAGGAAAAAUGUGUCUUCUACCCUUUUCCCACAAUGUGUGCUCCUCUCUAAGGAAGAACCAAUCUUCCGUGUAAGGGCAGGUGGCUCAAUUCAAGUUCAGUUAGUUGUGUGUUGCAACCAAAGGAGAGACAGACGGACUGAAGAUCUCUCUCUCUCCUUUCUUCUGUGCCAUCCCCCCAUUACACUGUUGCCAAAUUUCUAAAACUUGGCAGACCAAUGGCAUUGAAGUGAAAUACAUGUCAGCUGCUAUUAGUGGUAACAGUAUGAUAGAAUUCAUGUUGGGGGUUUUUUCUUUCCAAAUGUUUCAAGUGAAAAAUCUCAGGUGCACCAGGACUCUGAUUUGGUAAAUGUAUCCCUGUUUCACCAUUUGGAAUUCUGCCACUUGGUUACUUACAGACCAGAGUUUUAUAUUUAUGUAGUAUUUUCCCACCACUUAGCGCAGUGCCUUGCACAUGAGACUGAGAUGAAUGCCUGUUGAAUUACAUUGUAACUUCUUAAAUUUAUCAGAUAUCACAGUAAGCAGCAUAAUGCUUUACAUUUUACAAAGUCUCUUUGCCUGUAAUUAUUUCACAACAACUUCACAUAACCUUUCAUACAGCAUUAUGUUGUUUUAUAACAGUUUCACACAUGAUGAAGCUAAGGUUUAGAAAACUGACCAACAUAAAGUUCAGUAAGAUUUGACCUCAAUCUUCAGACUCCGUAAGUCUGCAAACUCUGCUUAUGCUGUAGUGUUUCUUCUACUACCUUACAGUUUUCCGUGCUGUGAGAUAGAAUAGGUGUCCUUGGACUUGUCCUCUGUUCAUGAGGGCCGGGACUAGCACCCAGCUCUUAGCUCUGUGCCCUUGCCACUGGAUAAAAUAAUCCUCGGGCUCUGUCUCUGCCCCAGGGGAAUGUGGAGGAGAAAGGCUUCUUAAGAAUCAGAGAUCACCGGUUUGGAAAACACUUAAAAGUAGAAAUUAUUUUAUCUCAAACACUUUUUCACUAAAAAGCACAGUUAGUAUAACUAGCUUAAAUUUAUUCUGAUAUUAAGAAAAACUCCAUUUAGAAGAGAGGCUACCAUGAAGUCUUUGUUUAUACAGUAGACUGUGCACAUCUCGAAUUUUUCUUAUGAACCCUUCAACAAUUAUAAUUUGAUAUAACACCAGUGUUACAUUUGACCACUAAUUACUUUCUUUAGUUAGUGGUUUAAUCAUUUAUUCAGUAAAACAUUUGCUAAGAGUUUGCCAUGCUCUAGGCCCAAGCCAGGCACUGUACAGGUUGCUGUAGGGGAUAGCUCAUAAGCAGGCCUUCUCUUCCGGUAAAUCUUAGCCAGAUCAUGUGUAUUGCUAAGAUAAAAAAAUUUGCAUUAAAGGGGUUAAAAAAGAA